GCGGCGGCGAUUCCCGGCGGAGCCGAGGCCGCCUUGCUCCGGGCUCCCUCAGCGGGCCGCGGAGAGCGGAGCUGACUCUGGGCUGCGGCGCCGGGAGCCGCUGCGCGCCUGGGGCAGCUUCUCUUUCCCAGUGAGUAACUUUGCCUGGCCCGCCUCGCUCCGCGCCUUCCCGCUGGGUCCCCGGCAGCCGCCUCAGGUGAAGAAUAGUCUCAGGUGAACAAAUUUCAGCAUAUUUGUGAUUGUGCAGGACCUGAGAUAGUGCAUAUUAUGUGCCAAGAACCGGGACAACAAGAGAUAAAGAAGACACUGUUGUCUUUACCCUUAAAGAGGUGAGAAGAGAAAAGCCUGGGUUUUUUUUUCAAAUGCGUCACUGUCUAUUAAAGGAAAGCAAAUUGAAGUGGAAGUCUAACACAUGAAAAUACAGAAACUGCUGUGGUUGAUUCAAAAUGGGAACAACUAGUGAUGAGAUGGUGUCUGUGGAACACACCUCCUCGUCGUCCUACAAUCCUCUGUGUUUUGAAUGUGGCCAGCAGCACUGGACAAGAGAAAACCACUUGUACAAUUACCAGGCCGAAGUGGACGACGACCUGGUCUGCCAUAUUUGCCUUCAGCCCCUGCUGCAGCCUCUGGAUACCCCCUGUGGACACACGUUCUGCUGCAAGUGCCUCAGAAACUUCUUACAGGAGAAAGAUUUCUGUCCAUUGGACCGCAAAAGACUUCACUUUAAGUUGUGUAAGAAGUCUAGUAUUCUAGUUCAUAAACUCCUGGACAAAUUAUUAGUGUUGUGUCCGUUUUCUUCCGUGUGCCAGGAUGUAAUGCAACGCUGUGACCUGGAGGCACAUCUUAAAAACAGAUGUCCCGGAGCUUCUCAGCAGAGAGUUGCCCUUGAGAGGAGGAAAACUAGUAAAACUCAGACAGAGCUUGAGAGUGAAAAUGGAACCACCAUAAUAGAUCUUCCCAGUACUUUGUCACCGGAAACGGACUGUUCGGGAACAGGCACAGCGCCCCCCGAGCAGAACUUGACCUCAGCAUCUGUCCCCGCGUGGACUGAGGAGCCUGGCCUGGACAACCCUGCCUUUGAGGAGAGCGCCGUGGCCGACGCCGCACAGCAGCCACCAAGUUUACCAGAAGGCGAAAUUACCACGAUUGAAAUUCACCGCUCUAACCCUUACAUUCAGUUAGGAAUUAGCAUCGUGGGUGGCAAUGAAACGCCUCUGAUUAACGUCGUUAUCCAGGAAGUCUAUCGGGAUGGGAUAAUCUCCAGAGAUGGAAGACUCCUUGCUGGAGACCAGAUUCUUCAGGUCAACAACUACGAUAUCAGCAACGUGUCCCACAACUACGCCAGAGCCGUGCUGUCGCAGCCCUGCAGCGCCCUCUUUCUCACCGUGCUUCGCGAGAGACGCUUUGGUAACCGCGCGCAUUCCCACUGGGACGGGACCUCCCCGCGGGAAGACGUCUUCCACGUGACUCUUCAUAAACGCGACUGCGGCGAACAGCUCGGCAUUAAGCUCGUGCGAAGGACAGAUGAGCCGGGCGUUUUCAUUCUUGACCUGUUGGAAGGGGGGCUGGCCGCGCAGGAUGGGAGGCUCUGCAGCAGUGACCGCGUGCUCGCCAUCAAUGGGCACGACCUGAAGCACGGGACUCCGGAGCUGGCCGCACAGAUUAUUCAGGCUAGCGGAGAAAGGGUGAAUUUAACAAUUGCUAGACCUGGGAAACCCCAGCCGGGAAACACUAUCCGAGAGGCAGGAACUCAGAGCAGCAGCCAGCAGCCUGCACAGCCGCUGUGUUACAGCAGACCCAGCUCACACAAGGAUCUUACCCAGUGUGUUACAUGCCAAGAAAAACACAUUAUUGUAAAGAAGGAACCACACGAGUCCCUUGGAAUGACGGUAGCUGGGGGCAGGGGAAGUAAGAGUGGUGAAUUGCCCAUCUUUGUGACCAGUGUGCCACCCCAUGGCUGCCUCGCGCGUGAUGGCAGAAUCAAGAGAGGUGAUGUGUUGUUGAAUAUCAAUGGCAUUAAUUUGACCAAUUUGAGUCACAGCGAGGCUGUGGCCAUCCUGAAAGCCAGUGCUGCAUCCCCCACCGUUGACCUCCGAGCACUUGAGGUCCAGGUGGCUGAGGAAGCCACCCAGGUCACCGACGGGCUGCCGAGCACGUUCAGUGAGAACGAGUAUGAUGCCAGUUGGUCCCCAUCGUGGGUCAUGUGGCUUGGGCUUCCAAGUUCCCUGCAUAGCUGCCAUGAUAUAGUUUUACGAAGAAACUGCUUGGGAAGUUGGGGCUUUAGUAUUGUUGGUGGAUAUGAAGAGAACCACACCAAUCAGCCUUUCUUCAUUAAAACCAUUGUCCUGGGAACUCCUGCUUAUUACGAUGGAAGACUAAAAUGUGGAGACAUGAUCGUGGCAGUGAACGGCCUGUCAACUGUGGGCAUGAGCCAUUCCGCCUUAGUUCCCAUGUUGAAGGAGCAGAGGAACAAAGUCACUCUGACGGUUAUUUGCUGGCCUGGCAGCCUGGUGUAGGUUUGGAAACUGGUUUUGAGUCCAACAUCUUCCUUUUUCAGGUUCUAGGAAGAAGACUCUUUAGUUGUAUAGUGUUUCUGGUUAUUAGGAGCUGGUCUGUGCAGGGCCCAAAACCACUAAGAUUGUCCUUUUGUUAUUAUUUAAGUGGUUUUCCUAAAGCGAGCCACAUUUCUUUCAGCUGGGAAACUGUCUUCCACUAACCCUGUGAGUUCAUAUUUUCAGAAUGUGACCUAUAAUCAUGAAUGAAGUCUGCCCAAACUGUGACCCAGCCAGCUGGGUUAGAGGGCUUCUGGUGGCUCCUUGUUUUCACGGACUGAGUCAUAAAAUGAGUUACACGUGCCCCAGGACUGGUACCAGUGGCGACGGUUGCCAUAGCAUUUGCUGUCACUGUUGCCACGAGCGCCAUGAGUGGAUACAUUUUAAAUUUGGAUGGUAAUCCUUUCCCGUUUUUUUCCAUCGGUGCCAACAUUUCAAAACUUCAUGCUGUUUUAUAAGUUAAUUUUUCUGGCUUAUUUUAUUUCUAGUUUAAUCUCUCAGUACCUAUAGAUGAUGAAGACGUAAGUUUGACACUACUAAAGAGAUGUAUAAAAAAUAAUGUAUCAUUAUUAGAAUAGUAGAGAAUAAAUGAUAAUGUUCUCCAAUGGCACAGCAAUUUGGGCGAUAAUUAUAGUUCAGUGCUGGAGAUGGUAAAAGCUGCAUUUACUUGAACGAGUUCAAAAGCAUUAAAGAUUCUGUUCCAAAGGAAUGUUUUGUUAUGUAGGAAAAUUUUGAAUCAUUUUUUGCUAAAAAUCAUUUCCUUCUGUCAGCAAACUUGGCUGGAAAUGUUUUUGUGAUUUAUGCAAUUAAACUAGAUGGUAAAGAAAAAACCAUAUUGCUAUUAAAUACUCAUAUUACAGCUAAGUAGGAGAAGGUAGACCUUUUUUAUUCUAAUAAGACUCUUGAGUGUUUUAGAAACCCUUAUUUUUCCCAUUAUUUCUUUAAUUAUGAACUUAAUUAUUUCAAGAAAAAGUCUGAAAAGUUCUGUGUGUGUGUUUUUUUGUUUAUGUUUUUUUAAUCCGAAACAGUAGGUUUUAGAUGUUAAUAUCUUUCAGUUAGUGUUUGGUCACUAGACUAUUUCAUGUUUUCUGAAAUGUUUUGAAAACUAUAACCAGCCCAUUUUGUUUGUCCUUUAUUCAACAUGGUUGUCCUUUGGAAGAACAUACAAGGAAGUGAGUAAGAUAAAAAUAUCCUUACCUUAUUAAUGGUAUGCAUACUUGAAAAAAGUUUCAUUAGAAACCUAGUUCAGAAUCUGAGCUAAUUUACAUAUGACCUCUGUAGUAAAUGGUCUUGAUGAUCAGAGAAUGUGUUUCAAAAUACUACAGUAUAUAACGAAGCACGACCACUUUGUUUUCGAACUUAGCAAUUGCAUUGCUGGGGUUUAUUGUAGCUGCAGCAUGUCACUGAUUAUUCCAGUUAGUUUUCUAAUGAUUUUUAAAAAACAUAUCUCUUUCGAAUACAUAAGAAAUGGCAACCAUAAUUGUUACUAACUUGUUCAGCCCCUUAUCCACACUGUAUGGUCCACAGAUAACCAAGGGGGGGCAAUGCCCCAUACAGUAUAUUACUGUUAUGUCAUGAUUGGUAUUGGAAGCAGUUUGAUAUUAAAUGCUUUGAUAUGCUAAUUGACAUGGAACAAGUUUUUAUCCUGCUCCCCAAAUAGAAUUUUGUAACCUACUUUGCUAUUUUUUAAAACAUUUUGUAAGAAUGCGUCAUUUUGAGGGGAGUGGCCAUCCAUCAACAAAUAUCCUAACUGCUGCUUUGUUAUAUAUAAAAUACUUUCAUUGAAUUCAGUGGUAUAAUCAGUAUUUUGAAAGAAAUUUUUUUCAAUAUUAUUUUUAUCAUGGAAAUCUUGAAAUCACCGUAAGCUAAUUCAGUUUUAUUACAAAGGACUAUAGCUUUUGGUCAGAAUGAUAUUUGGUGAUGGAAAAUUGUUCCUAAUUUAUUGUUACUGUUGAAAUAUUUGAAUUUUGUCAUUUGAAGCUCAAAAAGUGAAAUAUUUCCAUUUGUUCUGUGCCUUCAGUUUAAAUUAUUUCAGGAUUUGUCAGAUAUGUUUCAACAAUGGUGUGAUAAUCAUUCUGGAUGGAAAUAAAAGUCAUCCUUUCAAUAACA